GCGGGAGCGCGCCCGCCAAGUGACCGACCGAGCAGCCUAAGCCAAGGCGCGCUCGAGGCGGCGGGUCGGGUGUUACCUCAGGAAGAGGCGGGCGAAGGACUCUGAGCUUUCCCCCACCCACAUCCCGACUCUCCCCUUUCGUUUCGGAAGUUGGAACAAACUUCCAACGGGUCGGGAAAGCCCGAGACCUGAGGGAAGAGGAAGAGGAAGGAUUCAGGACGACCCCCUUCUAAAAAGUUUUGGUUUUGGGGGUGUUUGUUUGGAAAGAGCCUGUCCCUAAAGCGGGACUGAGGGAGGGGAAAGCCUAAUGGGGCUAUUACUUUGGAAGAAGAAGCAUGGAAACUUUGCCUGCUCAUUUAUUACAAUACCUCAUUUCUCCUGAAUGAUUUGGAAGACAAGUCUGUAAACUCAGAACCUAUCUUUAACUUUGACUGCUGCAUUAGGACCAUGCCUAGCAGAAUGGGAUCAAAAAUGAAUAUGAAGAGAGAUUUCAUCAGAGUAAAAACACAUUAUAAUGGGGAUAUCCUCAUAACAAAGCUGGGUGCAUCCAUCAACUAUGGUGAACUUUGUGAUGAAGUUAGAGAGAUGUGUAAUUUACAACAGGAACAACCAAUUACCCUUAAGUGGAUUGAUAAUGAAGGUGAUCCAUGUACCAUAUCAUCUCAGAUGGAACUGGAAGAAGCAUUCCGUUUGUACUGUCAGCAUAGAGAUGAAGGGCUCAUUAUUCAUGUUUUCCCCAGUGUUCCAGAAAAGCCAGGCAUGCCAUGUCCAGGAGAAGACCAAUCAAUCUACCGACGUGGAGCCAGAAGAUGGAGGAAGCUGUACAGAGUGAAUGGGCAUCUGUUCCAAGCAAAACGCUUUAACAGAAGAGCAUACUGUGGCCAGUGCAGUGAAAGGAUAUGGGGUCUCGGAAGGCAAGGCUACAAGUGUAUCAACUGCAAGUUAUUGGUCCAUAAACGCUGUCACAUUCUUGUCCCACUGACCUGCAAAAGGCAUAUGGAUUCUGUGAUGCCUUCCCAGGAACCUCAAUUAGAUGAUAAGAAUGAUGAAGCUGACAUUCCCACAGAAGAGAGUGAUGGAAUACCUUAUAUUCCUUCAGCCCGAAAACAUGACAAUAUUAAAGAUGAUUCUGAGGAGCUCAAGCCAGUUAUUGAUGGAAUGGAUGGAAUUAAAAUCUCUCAGGGGCUUGGUCUACAGGACUUUGAUCUAAUCAGAGUUAUUGGACGAGGAAGCUAUGCCAAAGUUCUAUUAGUGCGGUUAAAAAAAAAUGAUCAAAUUUAUGCGAUGAAAGUAGUGAAGAAAGAAUUAGUCCACGAUGAUGAGGAUAUUGAUUGGGUGCAGACAGAAAAACAUGUGUUUGAACAGGCAUCCAGUAAUCCGUUUUUAGUCGGCUUGCAUUCCUGCUUUCAAACGACAAGUCGGUUGUUUCUUGUUAUAGAGUACGUGAAUGGGGGCGACCUCAUGUUUCAUAUGCAACGGCAAAGAAAACUCCCCGAAGAACAUGCAAGGUUCUAUGCUGCUGAAAUCUGUAUUGCUCUCAACUUCCUACAUGAGAGGGGCAUAAUAUACAGAGAUUUAAAAUUAGACAAUGUUCUCCUGGAUGCAGAGGGUCAUAUCAAGUUAACAGACUACGGUAUGUGCAAGGAAGGUUUGGGCCCUGGUGACACUACAAGCACUUUCUGUGGAACACCAAAUUACAUUGCACCAGAGAUUCUACGAGGAGAAGAGUAUGGGUUCAGUGUGGAUUGGUGGGCACUUGGUGUCCUAAUGUUUGAAAUGAUGGCAGGAAGAUCUCCCUUUGAUAUUAUUACAGACAAUCCAGAUAUGAACACUGAAGAUUACCUCUUCCAAGUUAUCCUUGAAAAACCAAUCCGAAUUCCAAGAUUCCUUUCUGUGAAGGCAUCCCAUGUCCUGAAAGGAUUUUUAAAUAAGGAUCCCAAAGAGAGGCUUGGCUGCCAACCACAAACUGGAUUUUCUGAUAUCAAGUCUCACACAUUCUUUCGCAGCAUAGACUGGGAUCUGCUGGAAAAGAAGCAGGCAACCCCUCCAUUUCAGCCUCAGAUCACAGACGAUUAUGGUCUGGAUAACUUUGAUACCCAGUUCACCAGCGAACCUGUGCAGCUAACUCCAGAUGAUGAAGAUGUAAUAAAAAGAAUAGACCAGUCGGAGUUCGAAGGAUUUGAAUAUAUUAAUCCAUUGUUGCUGCAAACUGAGGAAACAGUAUGAGAGAAUGGCAUCGACACAGAGGACAAAUAAUGUGAAUGAACUUUGACAUUUAAUCCUUAACAACAGUAUAUGCAUGCAAGGCUGGGGUAAACUGUAAGGUUUUGAGUGGAGACCAAUGAUGAUAAUUGCUGCUGAAAAAUCAAAAAAACAUGAUUUUGGUAGGUGUCUUCCUCUAUUUUUUUUGGAAAAAAAGAAGUUUGGGGCACUGACAGAGCUGGCUUCACAAAGAAAUCUGCAUUUCGUGCCUGCUUCAUCAAGGAUCAAUAGUUGUUUGCAUCCUUGGAAGAGAGAUUCCAAGCCACUUUCAAAGCUGCACGCUUCUGAUGGACAUUUUCAUCCAAAUGAGCUACUAGAACAGUGUAACAUCCUGAAGAAUAAAAUUGUUAGUGGUGUUGAAGCUUACUUUAGAUGCCUUUUUUCACAAGUGGUACCUAUCUUAAAUGUCUGUUUUAUAUACAUAUAUAUAUAUAUGUAUUACAUAUAUAUAUAUAUAAUAUGAAAUAAAAGGAGUUGU